UGAAUUUUUUUUUCUCUGGCAUUAAUACAUACAUGAUAUAUGAUAUAUGUAUUGUAAACAAAGAACGAUGCCGGUACAAUGAAUAAAAUCGAAUGAUGUGUGAUAUAGGAAAGUAAAGUGCAGACAAAAUGCAAGAAUCCGUGAAGUUUAAUCUUAAAGAAGUUAAAUCGGAUCUUCUGCACGCGAUAAACGAAUGUUCCCAGCGCGGUUUGCUGUAUACUACCAAAUGGUUAGCGGAAUUAAACUAUUCCUUGAAAAAUGUAAAAUUAGAUGUGCACGAUUUGACUGCGGAUAUAUCGGAGACGUUUCAAGACGAGGAUACCUACACUUUAGCCAAGACAUAUUUUGACUUGAAAGAAUAUGAUAGAGCAGCUUAUUUCACAAAGGACUGUACAAGUCCAAAAGUUAGAUUCCUACAUUUGUAUUCACGUUAUCUGUCAGGAGAAAAGAAGAAAGUGGAUGAUAUGACAGAUGUGCCACCAGAUCCAAUGAAGAAUGAUAAUUUGAAAUUGCUUUGUGCUGAUCUAAGGAAAGAUCAUUUAGCUUCAAAAUUGGAUGGUUAUGGUUUAUAUCUUUUUGGUGUAACUUUGAAGAAAUUGCAACUCACUAAAGAAGCGACAGAUGUUCUAGUGGAAUCCAUACAUAAAGAACCUAUGCAUUGGGGCACAUGGUUAGAAUUAGCUGCAUUAAUCACAGACAGAGAGAAAUUGGAGAGUUUAUGUUUACCCAAACAUUGGAUGAAAUAUUUUUUUAUGGCACAUAUGUAUUUAGAACUGCAGCUGAUAGAUGAAGGUUUGGCAUUAUAUUGCCAAUUGCAAUCAAUGGGUUUUCAGAAAAAUGGUUAUGUACUAGCUCAAACUGCGAUUGCAGUGCAUUAUAGAAGAGAUGUGGAUAAUGCAAUAGAAACUUUUAAAAGGAUAAUAGAAGAAGAUCCUUAUUGUCUUGAUAACAUGGAUACGUAUUCCAAUUUACUUUAUGUGAAGGAAAUGAAAGUUGAAUUAGCAUAUUUGGCACACAGAGCUACCGAGAUAGAUAAAUAUAGAUUGGAAACUUGUUGUAUAGUAGGUAAUUAUUACAGCUUAAGAGCAGAUCAUCAAAAGGCAGUAAUGUAUUUUCAUAGAGCAUUGAAAAUGAAUCCGCAAUAUUUGUCAGCUUGGACAUUACUAGGACAUGAAUUUAUGGAAAUGAAAAAUACCAAUGGUGCAAUCCACAGUUAUAGACAGGCAAUUGAGGUAAAUAGACGAGAUUAUAGAGCAUGGUAUGGCUUAGGUCAGACAUAUGAGAUCUUAAAAAUGCCAUUUUAUGGACUCUAUUAUUAUAAACAAGCUCAGCUCCUAAGACCCCAUGACAGUAGAAUGGUUCUAGCCUUGGGCGAAGCAUAUGAGAAACAAGAUAAAAUUCAAGAUGCCCUCAAAUGUUAUUACAAGGCAUGCAAUGUGGGCGACAUAGAAGGAAUGGCACUCUUAAAGUUAGCAACAUUGUAUGAAAAAUUAGGAGAACACGAUCAUGCAGCAGCAGCUUAUACAGACUUUGUAAUGGACGAAUUCCGAAGCGUUGAUAGAACGGAAUUGAGUCAUGCAUAUAAAUAUCUUACACAAUAUCACUUGAAGAGGGAACAAUUAGAUCUUGCAAAUCAUUUUGCACAAAAAUGUCUUCAAUUUGAUGAAACAAAGGAGGAAGCUAAAGUGCUAUUAAGAACAAUUGCUGAAAAAAGAGCAGAGAGAAUAGGAGAAACUUCUAUGGUGGUGGAUGAUAUGAAUGAAACAGAUCCUGUGAUUGAGCAAAGAACGCAAACAGAUGCAACACCUGGGAGUCAAUUGUCACCUAUGAAUCUUUCAUUCACCCCUACACCAUAAAAACAAAAUAAUAUUUCCUGUCCAUGGUUUAUAAUUUUAUCAUUUGUAAUUAUGUAUAUAAAUACAAAAUAUAAAAUAAUUUUGUAUUA